AAAAAUGAAAACUCCACAUUUGAAUGAAAAAAAAAGAUAUUUAAAUGCUUAUAAAUAUCUCUCCAUAGUACACUCACACUAUACUAACCGCCCAUUCCUACACCUAUCCUCUUUGGCUCUUUCUCUCUCUUUUCGCCAUCCCCAAAACGAAAACCGCCCACGUUACUUCCAUCGUCAUCACUUCCACAUGGGAGAAGAAACUGCCGGCGGGAUGCUUCCCGCCGACGAAAUCCAGUCCCCAGCCAAACACCCCCACAACCCAACCGCCGGCCGGAGAAAAGGCGGCCUGAAAACCAUGCCUUUCAUCAUAUCAAAUGAAACUCUGGAGAAGGUCGCCAGCGUCGGCCUCCAAGCCAACAUGAUCUUCUACCUCCAGAAGCAGUACCACCUCACAAAUUCCACCGGCGCCAACGUCCUCUUCCUCUGGGGCGCCCUCUCCAAUUUCACCCCGAUCUUCGGCGCCUUCGCCUCCGACUCCUACCUCGGCCGCUUCCGCGUCAUCGCAAUAGGCACCAUCGUCACCGUCUUCGGGAUGAUCGUGCUCUGGUCCACCGCCGUCUUCCCGUCGGCCCGGCCAAACCCAUGUCAGCAAUUGACGCCCGACACGAAACACUGCGACUCGCCGGAGCCGGCCCAGCUGUUCCUGCUCUUCGCCUCGUUCGCCCUGAUGGCGGUCGGGGCGGGCGGGAUCCGACCCUGCUCGCUGGCCUUCGGGGCGGACCAGUUCAGCGACCCGGCCGACCCGAACAACGAGCGGACCCUGCAGACGUUCUUCAGCUGGUACUACGCGUCGGUCGGGGUCUCGGUCAUCGUCUCGGCCCUGGCCAUCGUCGCGAUCCAGGACCGGUUCGGGUGGAUCGUCGGGUUCGGGGUGCCCGUGGUGCUGAUGAUCCUGUCGGCGGUGCUGUUCCUGAUCGGUUCGCCCGUUUACGUCCGGGUGCCCGGGGAUUCGACCCUGUUGACCGGGUUCGGGCGGGUGGUCGCCGGCGCGUGGAGGAACCGGGGGAUGGCGGCGCCGACGAGGGAUUCGGAUCGGUGGAUUCGUCGUCAGGGGUCGAAGCUUGUCCGGCCGACUGAUAAAUUAAGGUAUAUAUAUAAACGUAGGUUUCUUAACAAGGCCUGCAUGAUCCCAAACCCAUCAGAAGCCCAACCCAAAGACCCCAACACCCUCUGCACCGUCCAACAAGUAGAAGAGCUGAAAUCCCUAAUCAAGGUCCUCCCAAUCUGGUCGACCACCAUCAUCAUCGCCGUCACCGUCAGCCAGCACUCCUUCCCGGCCCUCCAGGCCAACUCAAUGGACCGCCGAUUCAUCGGCGAAUUCAAGCUCCCUCCGGCCUCCUACGGCGUAUUCGGCAUCCUCACACUCACCCUCUGGGUCGCCCUCUACGACCGCGUCGUCGUCCCCGUCCUCGCCGGCCGCCCCUUCAACCGCCCGACGGGGAUCUCCAACAAGUACCGGAUGGGGAUCGGCCUCCUCAUCUCCUGCCUCGCCACCGCCGUCGCCGGCGCAGUCGAGCACCGCCGCCGGAAUUUGGCAUUCCGGCAAGGCAUCGCCGACGACCCUGCCGCCAUCGUCGGAAUGUCGGCGAACUGGCUGAUCCUGCAGUACUGUUUAACCGGGCUCGGCGAGGCGUUCAACAUCAUCGGGCAGAUCGAGUUCUACUACUCGCAGUUCCCCGAGAACAUGAGGAGCAUCGCGAUGGCGCUGGUGUCGCUGGGGCUCGGCGUCGGGAAUUUGGCCGGGAGUUUGAUUGUGUCGGUGGUGAAUGAGGCGACGAAAAGGGGCGGCGGAGGGAGGGUGAGUUGGGUUGGGAAUAAUUUGAAUCGCGGGCAUUAUGAUUAUUACUACUGGUUGCUGAGUGUGUUGAGCGUGGGGAAUUUUUUCUACUACUUGCUCUGUAGUUGGGCGUAUGGGAGUGAUGAUCGGAAGCUUUGGGAUGAGGCGGAGGUCGCCGGCGGCGACGGCGGUGGUGGGGAAGGAAGGGAGAUGGAGACGGUUGUAUAAAACAAUUAGUUUGUUUGGUUCGGGAGAUUAUUUUUUUUUAAGUGGUGUACUUACGAGCUAGAAGUUUGCUAUUAUGCAAAUUAAAUGACUCUGCACAGAUUGAUAAUGUGGACGGUUGUAUUAUAAAUACUUGUAUGAGAGAUUGUACCGAACAAGUUCGUAUAAUGGAUUUAACACGAGCGGAAUUAUUGUUUAGCCAACAACAUAUUUAUAAGAUACACGUAUGUAUAUAUAUAUAUAUAUCAUUAAAGAGCAAGUAAAGAAAGAUAAUAUAUUUGAUCGUUAAUAUACCCGUAUUGAGUUAUUAAUUAAAACCGAAUGAUGUAUUGGAUACAUACAAUUUGACGCGUUAUACUUAGAGUCUAGAGAUAACAAUUUUAUAUCCAAUUAAACAUUCAAUUAAUUAACAUUCCAUUAGAUUGUGGAUUCGAGAUUAGAUACAUGGAUAUAUGAAAAAUUACAGUUUAUUACUUCUAUUUUUAUAUUUUACAUUUUAUUAUCUAAAUUUUAAUUUGUUAAAGUAAAAUAUUAUUGGAAAAUUU